UAUAUAUAUACAUACAUAUACAUAUAUAUAUAUAUAUAUUUUAGUUACAAUCAUAUAUCAUCACGUAAAAAUGGCUUCAAGCUCUCUAAGCAAGCAAAUUAGCUACAGCUCAUCAUCUUGGACACCAAAACAGAACAAGUCGUUUGAGAAAGCACUAGCCUUGUACGACAAGGACACCCCGGACCGGUGGCAGAAUGUGGCCAAGGCUGUGGGUGGUAAGACCCCCGAGGAGGUCAAGAGACACUACGAAGUCCUCUUGGAGGAUCUUAGGCAAAUCGAGUCUGGUCGUAUUCCCAUUCCCAACUAUAAAUCUUCCGGUCACGACGAAGAAGAAAGGCUUCUAAAAUAUCUGAAGCUCAAGUAAAGUCCAAGCAAACGCUAUCUAAUAUCGGUC